AUGAGAAGAUCACGAGGAAUAUUCUUUCCUCGUGAGGGGACGCGAGCUACCAGCUCAACACGUUUCCUCCUCACUUUUUGCCCUUCUAUUUUUGCUUUCUUGCCUCAAAGAACCCUUUUGACCUUUUCUUUGAAUUCUUCCCUGGCUAGCGCUCAUCCUUUAGGAAGGGAACUUACUGCUGAGGAAUGGGAGUCCUUUCAGUUACGAUUUGGCUUUGUCUCCGAACAUGGGGUUCAAAUUCCUUUUCCCGAUGCAUCGCUCUAUAGUCCUCCCGAGGGCAAGGUCAGCACUCUCAUUGCCUUAUUCGAGGCAGGUCUGUGUUUUCCCAUUAUGGACUUUUUCAACCUGAGCAUCCGUGAAUAUGGGCUUUCUGUGAUGGAACUGACCCCAAUCACCAUAUACAAGAUAGUGGGCUUUGAGCUUCUCUGUCGUGCCCUAGGCCAUCACCAGACUGUCUUGAUGUUCAAGCACUUUUUCAAUGCUUCCAACCAGUCUGGGACUUGGAACUUUUCUCUUCGCUAUCCGAGGACUAAGGUGUAUGUGGAUCGCGCUCCAACACUAUUUGGUGCUGAAAAAGAGCUAGUUGGUUCCCUAGAGAAGGUUAGCAUCAAUGGUGUGGAUGAGAUUAUAUCCUUAGAGAAAGCUCUUCAAGGUUUAGUUGAUGGUGAUCUUGAGUGUCGCGAUGUCGACCUUGUAGAGACUCUUCCACCCUCUGUUUCUAGUUGGGGAAUCGAGGCUAUCGUCGGUUCAGAAAGUGUUAUUGUCACCGACGAGGAUCCGGAUCUGUAG